AUGGUGGCACUGUUGAGCGAGCUCCGAGCGUGUCUAAAACGGUGUUGCGAUUUGAGAGACUUAUCGACCGGCAAAAGUAUUCACGAGUGGAUCUCGCAAAGCGAGUACAGAGACCACAAGGGCCUGGCGAGCCAGCUCGUUCUUCUGUACGGGAGGUGCGGCCGCGUCGACGAGGCACGUACGGUGUUUGAUUCCAUCCAUGAUCCGAACUUACAAGCGUGGAACACUAUGACGAAUGCGUAUGCCCAGAACGGGUAUAUUGCUACGGCAGAGGAGAUGUUUCACUUGACGAAGAACAAAGAUGUUAUCUCCUGGAACUCAAUGAUUUCUGCUUACAAUAUCAACUCGAAAUUGCCAAAUGCUAGCAAGGUCUUCGCGAAAAUGCCUUCUUGGAAUGUCUCGACUUGGAACACUAUGAUCACAGCAUUUGCCGAAGAAGGGUAUUUGUUUCAAGCUAAAGAACUUUUUCUAUCUAUGAAAGAGAGAGAUGUAAUAUCAUGGAACGCCUUGUUGAAAGGAUUUGCGUUAGAGGGAUCCGUCAUGUCAGUGAGGUUCCUGUUUUUCUUGAUGCCUCAGAGGACACUCCUUUCAUGGAGUGUGAUGUUUCAUGCAUAUGCCCAGGGAAGGUUUCAUGACGAGACUUUAGAAAUCUUUCAGGCUAUGCCCGAGCACAACUCGAUCCUCUGGAAUACUUUGAUAUCCUCAUAUGCUCAGAGAUCUUCUCAUAUCGACACAGUCAAAGUACUUUUUGAUGACAUGCCUGAGCGAGAUGCCAUCUCCUGGAACACGCUUUUCGAAGCAUAUGCCCGUGGAGGAUACCAUGACAAAAGCAAGCUUAUCUUUGCAAAGAUGCCGGAAAGGAGCAGUGUGGCUUGGACCAUUAUGCUGCAGGUAUAUGCCGACAACAAUGAGCUAGAAGAAGUGAAAAAGACUUUUGAAACAAUGCAGGGUCAUCAGGACAAUGUGUGCAAGACAACUAUGAUCUUGGCGUAUGCCCAAAACGGGCAUCUCAGGGAUUCCAAGGAAAUCUUUGAUCAUAUGACCCAACGCGACGUGAUAUCCUGGACUGCAAUGUGCAAUUCAUACGUCCUGAACUACAUUGUUUGCGAUGCAAAGGUGACGUUCGAUCGGAUGCCUGCAUGGAGCCUUGUGACACUAAACGCAAUUUUAACUGCGUAUUUCCAAAACCAUCUCCUAGAAUCGGCAGCGCAGUUGUUUGAUACAAUGCCCGAAAGAGAUGUUGUGUCUUGGAAUGCGAUUCUCUCCGGCUAUGGACAGAACCAAAGCUUCAAAGAAGGGAUCAAAGCAUACACUUUGAUGCCUGGACACAAUGCCGUGUCGUGGACAAGCAUGAUCGCAAUGUUUGGGUGCAAUGGAAAAGUAGUAGAAGCGAAGGAAAUCUUCGAUCUGAUGCGUGAGAGGGCAUCACUGGCGUGGAACUGCAUGCUUGGCACGUAUGCCCAGUCUGGGCAUCUGGAGAAAGCAAAGUUCUCUUUCAUGGUUAUGCCGUUUCAUAGCCCAACUACGGCGGACAUUAUGAUUUCCAUGCAUGCUCACUCGGGGAACUUUGGUGAUGCGAUACGGAUUCUCUGCCACCUUUGUUUGCAAGGCCUAAUGCCCACCGACAUGACCUUUCUGGGCAUCUUGAGCGGAUGCAACCACGUUGGGCUUCUUGGUCUUGGGCGCGAGUGUUUUGUAGAAAUGCAGGGUGAUUACAGCAUUGCUCCCAGCAAGCAGCACUUUAGCUGCAUGGUGGACGUGUUGGGUCGAGCGGGACAAAUGGAACUUUGCGAGGAUUUGAUCAAGCAUAUGCCCUUUUUGCCAGACUCGAUUGCAUGGAUCUCACUCCUGGCAUCAAGUAAGAUCAACAAGGAUCAAGAUUUUGCUAGGCUUGCAUCUCGAGAGCUCCAGAACUUGAUACCCAACCAAAGUGCACCAUAUCUGUUGCUCUCCGGUACUAUAGUUGUGUAA